AUGUUCAUGAUAAGUUAACUGAAUUCAUUUUCAAUAUUGAAUUUGAUUCAAUAGUAAAAUAGACAUUGAUUAAACUUCAUCAGAUGAAUAGUUUUAAUCUUUGUUUCUUUUGAUUAAAAGUGUUAAUUCAUUUACCUUUGUUAACUAUUGACAACAAUUAGUGAAAGAUUUUUUUCAAAUAUUGAUCAAAUUAAAAUGCCUCCAUCACAAUUAGACAUCCCAACUACAACAGAUAAUCGUAAUGAAGUUGUGAAUAACAAUCUAAAUAUAAAACAAUCAACGAACGACAAUUUAAACGAUGAAAGUAUUGCUACCACGAAAUCAACAUCGGCCUCAUUACCGACAGGAGUUUUAAUCAUCAAUGGCUCGACCGAUAUUAAUGGUGAUCAAUUGCCGAUGGAGUCAAAAGAUGAUAAUAUAAAUUCAAGUGGAUUGAGAGGAUUAAUUAAAUUCAUUGUUUAUGAGAUCAAGUGGAUUCAUCUGAUCUUUGAAACUUCCUUGGCACUUGGUUUCUUUUAUGUCGCUCCAAUUUCAAUCUAUCAGUUUUUUGCUGAAUUCUGGACACAUUCAUGGUUAAUUAUGGUUCUCACUUGGACUUGGAGUUUCGCUUUAAUUACUUGUGGUGGGAUCGGUGUGAGUGUUGGCGCUCAUCGUUUAUGGUCACAUCACGCGUUUAAAGCCAAAUGGCCUUUAAAGUUACUAUUGGUUGUUAUGCAAACUAUGGGAGCAGAGAAUUCCAUUUAUCAUUAUGUUGAACACCAUCGAGCUCAUCAUAAAUACCUGGACACUAAUGGUGACCCUCAAAAUAUUAAUCGAGGCUUUUGGUUUGCUCAGGUCGGAUAUCGAUUGCUUAAAGAUCACCCUGAGUAUCGGGAAAAGGUCAAGAAUAUAAGUUAUGACGAUAUUUUGAAAGAUCCAUUUGUGAUGUUCCAACACAAAUAUUACGUUCCAAUGGUCAUUCUUUUUGCGUUUAUUUUUCCAGUUUCAGUUCCAGUUUUACUUUGGAACGAAAGUUUAUUAAACUCAUUUCUUAUUGCUGGUUGUUCCAAAUCAUUCGUGGUAAUACAUAUGCACGGAAUUGUGGGCAGCAUUUGUCACACCGUCGGGAAACGGCCUUAUAAUAAGAAAAUAUCAGCUGCUGACAAUGGAUUCAUGCAGUUAAUCACCGCCGGUGAAGCUUAUCACAAUUUCCAUCACACUUUUCCUUACGAUUACUCCAUAAGUGAAUUAGGUAAAACAAUCAACACCUCAAAGAUUUUCAUCGAUAUCGCUGCUUGGUUAGGACUCGCUUAUGACCUUCGAUUAGCGGGUGAAGAGUUUAUCAAAAAGACGAAGCAAAAAGCAACGGAAGAGAAUCCAAUUUGUUACACUUGGAUUUAAUUUAAUCUUUUCCAAGAUUAUCAGAAAACUCAGAGAAUUCAAAUCAAGUUGAACAUUUUAGUAUCCAAAUUUGAUCUUUUAUAUUUCUUACAACUUCCAAUUUAAUACAACAGAGAUUUUCAACAAAAUUUCAUUCUAAUUAAACUCUGAUACACAAUGUACAUAAUAAAACAAUUCCAACAUUGUAAUUCUAAUUGUUGACAAAUUGUCGACUAAGAAGACAUGACGAUCUGAGAAAACGUAAUUUUCAACAAUCAAAUGAAUAAUCUAUUAGAUUAAUUGUCUCGUACGUACAAUAAAUAAGAAUCACAUUUAUUUGAUUUUAUUCAACAAAAUGGAUAACAAUUUGAUCGAACUGGGAAAUUCACUUUUUGGCCGAUUUACCGAUUAUCACUGGUGCGAGUUGUUUUUCCCGUUGGAGUUGUUGAUCUUUUCUCAUCUCUUUUUCCAAUAUUUGUUUCUGAAUAAUUUCUUGUAAUUUUAAUCCUCGUUUCCUGAUUCGUUCAGCUUUUUCCGUCACAAAUUCCAUGUCUUUUUUCACAUUGUUCAUUUUGGUCAGAUAAUGAGUCGAUUGAUUAAUUAGAUUCUCGAUUUCCAAAGGUUGAGUAAAUUCGGAGAAACGUGAAUUCUCUUGAUCCAACAUUUCAUUGAGAGACAAUUGAUAUUCUAACAGUUGAUUAAAUGAAUGAGGUAAAUUUUUCGAUGAACAUGAUGAA